AGACUAGAUAAAGAAAUAGAAUCAAAGAAAGAGAAGUUUCUUCCAGUAUUUAUAGAAUUAGCAAGAGAAACAACAGGAGAUGAAAUAGUUAAAAUACCAAUGUUUUUUGUAGAUUCAUGUCCAGAUGAAGAUGAUGAUAAUAGUAGAUCCGAAGAAGAAAUUGAAAUGCUUUUAACAUGGGCAUGUAGUUUACCUUCUCUUAAUGUUGAGAGAGUUGUCAAAAAUGGAAUAGAAAAUGAAAAAGUUAUUACUGAAGAGAGGGAAGAACCUCAUAUUAUUAGUAAUGAUGGUACUAACAUAGAAUAUGAAAUUGAAUAUUUGAGAAGAGAGAAAAGAACAAAAUUUGAUGGCAGUGUUACAUAUAGUGAGUGGGAAUUAAUAAAAACUAAACACAAAAUCAAACCAAUUCAAAAACAAUAUAAUAAAAAAUCAAAAAAAAGAUUUUUUGAUUUACUUGAAAAUGUAGGUGGUGCAUUGUUUGAAAUUCUUAUGGAUGGUUUUGGAAUUAAUCAAAUUCUUGGAAUAAGCGAAGAAGAAUCAGAAGAAGAGUAA